CUUGCACUCACUAUUCCGUCCUCACUCACACGGCCGCUUGCAUAAAAACAAGUCGCAACACAGCAAAAUCAAAGCCUUGUCAUCCUUUUGCUUACGCAAGGCAACUCCAUUAUCCCACUGACAUUUCUGGGCAUGGACCAAUAAUUACCCACCUGACCCUAGGAUAUUGGUUGCUUCGAGUGCCUGCCAAGAUGGAUGUCGUUCAGGCCGUCUCCGGCUACAUCUCCAAGAUGAUAUCGGCCGGAGACAGCAUGACAGGGACGCCAUCUGCCAAGAUGAAGAUACUCAUGUUGGACAAAGACACUGUGCCAAUUGUUUCAACUGCCGUUAACCAGUCGUCCCUCUUGAAUCACGAAGUCUAUCUUAUCGAUCGCUUGGACAAUCAAAACCGAGAGAAAAUGCGGCAUCUCCGAUGUAUAUGUUUUGUUCGACCAUCUUCAGACUCCAUCCAAUUCCUUAUUGAUGAGCUGCGGGACCCCAAGUAUGGCGAGUACCAAAUCUACUUCAGUAACGUGGUGAAGAAGUCAUCUCUAGAAAGGCUGGCAGAGGCCGAUGAUCAUGAGGUGGUCAAGUCGGUCCAGGAACACUUUGCCGACUUCAUUGUCAUCAAUCCGGAUCUGUUCUCUCUCAACCUGACACUACCCCAGCAACGGAUAUGGAGCGGCGGUCCAGAUAUGUGGCACGUGGACUCGUUACAAAGGACGACAGAAGGAUUGAUGGCGGUGCUACUAGCGCUCAAGAAGAAGCCCCUGAUCAGGUAUGAGAAAAACAGCUUCCUAGCCAAGAAGUUGGCCACCGAACUGCGAUACCACAUGACCCAAGAAGAGCAGCUAUUCAACUUCCGUAAAGUUGAUACGCAGCCAAUCCUCCUCAUUGUGGACCGAAGAGAAGACCCUGCCACGCCACUCCUGAACCAGUGGACGUACCAGGCCAUGGUGCAUCAUCUCCUCGGGAUCAACAAUGGACGCGUGGACCUGAGCGACGUCCCUGAUAUCCGGCCAGAGCUCAAGGAGAUUGUCCUAUCGCAAGACCAGGACCCCUUCUUCAAGAACAACAUGUAUCUCAACUUCGGUGAUCUGGGUGGCAACAUCAAAGAUUACGUGGAGCAAUAUCAGUCGAAAACGAAAAACAACGCCAACAUUGAGUCCAUUACCGACAUGAAAAGGUUCAUCGAAGAAUACCCCGAGUUCCGCAAACUCUCCGGCAACGUUAGCAAGCAUGUCACCCUGGUCUCUGAACUCAGCCGAAGGGUUGGCGCCGAGAACCUGCUGGAAGUCAGCGAGGUUGAGCAGAGUUUAGCGUGCAACGACAACCACGCCCAGGAUCUGAAGAAUGUCCAGAAGUUAAUACAGAAUCCUUCAGUGUCGGCGGACAGCAAGGUUGGCCUAGUGGUGCUAUAUGCUUUGCGCUAUGAAAAACACCCGUCCAAGUCAUUGCCGAUGCUAGUAGGUCUUCUCUCGGCAGCGGGAGGUGUAUCGGCCCGACGGGCGGAUAUGGUCGCAAAAGUGCUGCAGUACCACGGCUCUCUACAGCAGUCACAGGCAGCUGGAGGUAUCGCAGACAUUUUCGAAACCGGAGGCAUCUUCUCGGGUGCCCGGGCUAUCAAGGGCCUGAAAGGUGUGGAGAAUGUCUACACCCAGCAUUCACCACAUCUUGAGACAACGCUGCAGAACAUGAUCAAGGGAAGGCUACGGGAGCAGCAAUAUCCUUUCGUCGAGGGUGGAGGAACCACCAAGGACAAACCCCAAGACAUUGUGGUGUUCAUUAUUGGUGGUGCAACAUAUGAGGAGUCAAAGAUGGUGGCUAGCAUCAAUGCAUCUUCACCGGGCAUCAGGGUGGUCCUGGGAGGUACUGCAGUUCACAAUGCGGCAACAUUCUUGGAAGAGGUUGACGAUGCUCCAAGGGGCUUGUGCCGGCCCACGAAGGCUCUCACUCGAGGUCCUCCAAGGUCAUGCGCAAGGCAUAGACCUUUCGCUACAGUCGCCAACGAGUCGAGACCUUUUGAUGUUGUAGUAGUGGGAGGCGGGCACGCCGGAACCGAAGCAUGCGCCGCAGCAGCGCGCUCGGGCGCACGAACCGCGUUGAUCACACCGAAGCUCGACAACCUGGGCGUAUGUUCCUGCAACCCGAGUUUUGGCGGCAUUGGCAAGGGCACGAUAUUGCGCGAGAUCGACGCGCUAGAUGGUCUCGCCGGGUGGAUAAUAGACAAAGCCGGCGUUCAGUUCAAAGUCCUCAACCGCAGGAAAGGUCCGGCCGUCUGGGGCCCGCGGGCCCAAAUCGAUCGUGCGUUAUACAAUAAGUAUAUGCGUGAGGAACUCGAGGCGUACCCGAACCUGUCUAUAAUACCUGGAAAAGUGUCGGAUAUCGUGGUUAGUGAGAGCGCGGAUCCGAACAAUGCGGCCAAGAACAAGAUUACCGGCGUGCAACUGGAGUCAGGGGAGAUUAUACCCACUGGCCAGACUAUCAUUACCACCGGGACUUUCCUCGGGGGUGAGAUUCACAUUGGGUUGGAAAAGUUCCCGUCCGGCAGGAUGGGCGAGGCUGCGACGUUUGGGUUGAGCAAGUCGCUCAAGGAAGCCGGCUUCCGACUUGGUAGGUUGAAGACAGGCACGCCGCCGCGUCUAGCCAAGAGGAGCAUCAACUACAAGAUACUGGAAGAGCAACGUGGUGACGAUCCUCCGAACCCUUUCAGCUAUCUUAACGAGAAAGUUUCGGUCCAAGACCAGUUGCUCUGCUGGGCGACUUAUACCAACGACAAGACGCACGAUGUCGUACGGGCUAACCUGGAUAAAACCAUACACAUUCGUGAGUCGGUCAAGGGUCCUCGCUACUGCCCUUCGCUCGAGUCCAAGAUCGUCCGUUUCCCCGAGAAGACGCGGCAUAUAGUCUGGCUCGAGCCCGAGGGUUUCGACAACAACGUCAUCUAUCCCAAUGGGCUCUCCAUGACCGUGCCCGCUGAGGCCCAGGAGGAGCUUCUCCGCACGAUCCCCGGUCUGGAAGAUGUCACCAUGCUCCAGCCAGGAUACGGCGUCGAGUAUGACUACGUGGAUCCGCGCAGCCUCAAGUCUACUCUCCAGACCAAGGCCAUCUCAGGCUUGUAUCUCGCGGGCCAGAUCAAUGGCACGACAGGCUACGAGGAAGCAGCCGGCCAAGGCAUCGUAGCCGGCAUCAACGCUGGUCGCGCGGCACAAGGCCUGCCACCGGUGAGCAUAACCCGCGCCGACGGCUACAUCGGCAUCAUGAUCGACGACCUUAUCACCAAGGGCGUGUCAGAGCCUUACCGUAUGUUUACUAGCCGUAGCGAGUACCGCAUCAGCCACCGCGCCGACAACGCUGACCUGCGCCUAACGGCGAUGGGCCGGCAAUGGGGUGUCAUCUCCGAUAAACGCUGGACCGCAUACACGGACGAGAAGACGCAGAUGGACCAACUGACGUCGACACUGAAAGACUACACCCUCACCUCCCCGCACUGGAUCACGGCCGGCUUCAAGACGCGCAACGACGCCAAGCACCGCUCCGCCCUCGAUAUCCUCCGCCUCGCUAACGUAAAGCUGGCCGACCUUGCUGAGCGCAUCCCCGAGGUGAACCGCUACUCGGCGCGCGUACAGUCCCGCGUCGGCAUCGAGGCUGUUUAUGCGCCAUACGUUGAGAUGCAGCGUGCGGAGCAGCAGCUCUUUACCAAGGACGAGGGCCUCCAACUGCCCGUUGAUCUGGACUAUGACUCUAUUUUCGGGCUGUCGUUUCAUGAGAGGACUAUUCUGAAAACUACGAGGCCCGAAAACUUGGGGCAGGCGAGGCGGAUUGAGGGGAUGACCCCGGCCGGUUGUGUGAGGUUGUUGGCGUUUGUGAAUCGCGUGGAGAGGUUUAAAGAGGUGGCUGGCUCUGGGUUUUGCCCGUUGCGAACCCGUCUGCCUCUCUGUUGA